UUAAAUUUCAUUUUUAGUUUCCUUUAUAAAUCAUUUUUUAUUACUGUUUAUAAUUGUUGAAGGUUUUGAGAGAGAAAUUUGGAAUCAAAGAGUUCAGGUCUCUGAGACAAGGAGGAACUCAAGAAUGACUCUUCCAAUCUCGGUUGCGCAAUUUCUAUUACUAUCCCUACUUAUUGGAGAAUGUAUUGGAAGGCCAUUUUAUCCACUUCCAAGCAAAUUCGCUAACAAGAAUAAACAGCCAUUGCAGACAUUUAGACCUUUUAAUAUUGCACAUCGAGGUUCAAAUGGCGAAAUCCCUGAAGAAACUGCUGCUGCAUAUAUGAGAGCUAUUGAAGAAGGUGCAGAUUUCAUAGAAACUGAUAUUCUUUCGUCUAAAGAUGGUCAUCUCAUUUGCUUUCAUGACGUCACGCUUGAUGCCACGACUGAUAUUGCUGAUCAUAAAGAGUUUGCCGACCGUAAACGAACUUAUGAAGUUGAAUAUGCGAACAUGACUGGGUUUUUCACUGUUGAUUUCACACUGAAGGAAUUGAAGUCACUACGGGUGAAGCAAAGGUACGAGUUCCGGGAUCAGCAAUAUAACGGGAAAUUUUCAAUUAUUACUUUCGAAGAGUUCAUUUCAAUUGCGCUGGAUGCUCCCAGAGUUGUUGGAAUCUAUCCCGAGAUUAAAGAUCCAGUUUUCAUCAACAAGCAUGUUAAAUGGGCAGACGGCAAAAAGUUUGAGGACAAGUUUCUGAACACGCUUAAGAAGUACGGGUACUCAGGCUCGUAUUUGUCAAAAGAGUGGAUGAAGCAGCCUGCUUUUAUCCAGUCAUUUGCUCCAACUUCUCUCACAUACAUUACGAACAUGACGGAUUUGCCGAAAAUCUUCUUAAUUGAUGAUGUGACUAUCCGUACCCAGGAUACAAACCAGUCUUAUGAGGAGAUUACUUCGGAUAGUUACUUGGAUUUCAUAAAAAAGUAUGUGGUAGGGAUUGGACCCUGGAAAGAUACAAUUGUACCAGUUGACCACAAUUAUCUACUAACACCAACAGAUCUUGUCGCCAAAGCACAUUCCCAUGACCUGCAGGUUUGUAAACCUUCUGCGUCACUAUUUGUUUUUGCAGCAUCCAUAUCAGUUAUAACGCUCCUAGCGUCUCACUGAUGUGACCGUUAUUUAUUCUCAUGUUGAGCGACCACCGCUACAUGUUCUCAGGGUUAAUUUCUCUUAGUUUUGGUAUAUACGAAUAUAAAUAUAGAGGUUGAAUCAGUAACGAAAGAAUUGUAAAGGAUUGAUAUCUUAAAAAGUAGAUGAAAUCCCUUAAAAUUUCUCUUUCCAGGAUUAGUUACACAUCUGUUGCUCAAAUUUUGUC